AUUCACCAAGAAUCGAGCUUAGUCAAUGAGGCCCGAGUCCGAGAACGCAGCUCCGAGUUAGGACUCAUGUCGCGUUGGGUCGACCCGUACGCCACUGAGUUGUGGCCCAGCAUGAGACAGGCCUUAUAUGCAAAGCACACCAAAGGAGAAGUAGAAAUUUGUGCUUCGCAUGAUCCAAUUUGGCUCUUAUUAUGUUUGAAUUCAAUUCUAUACUUACCGUUGCCUAAAUAAAACCCGAUUCGAUUUAGAACUGCCCAACAAAUAAAAAUAAGCUUCCGAUCUCGGCCCCCCUCUCUUCCUCCUCGUCUUCCUCCGCCUCUGCAUCCGUGGUGUAGAUUUUGAUCGACUUCCGGGCCAUUUCUUGGGCGCUCGCCUCCGUGGUGUUGGAUGGAGGCUAUUAGGAAGCAGGCCUCCAAAUUCAGGGAGCAGGUCGCCAGGCAGCAGCAGGCUGUUUUCAAGCAAUUUGGAGGUGGUGGAUAUGGAAGUUCUGAUAGUAUAUUUUCAGAUGCAGCAGAAUAUCAGCAGCACCAAAAAUUAGAAAAUCUUUACAUAUCAACUCGAGCUGCCAAGCAUUUUCAAAGGGAUAUAGUGCGUGGUGUGGAAGGAUAUAUCGUCACAGGAUCCAAACAAGUUGAAAUAGGCAAUAAAUUAUCUGAUGAUAGUAGGAAAUAUGGUGUUGAGAACACCUGCACUAGUGGGAAUACACUAUCGAAAGCUGCUUUAUGUUAUGCGAGAGCUCGUGCACAAAUGGAGAAUGAGCGCGGCAAUCUACUGAAAGCUCUUGGUUCCCAGGUUGCAGAACCACUAAGAGCCAUGGUAAUGGGUGCUCCAUUGGAAGAUGCUCGACACCUUGCCCAAAGAUAUGAUAGGGUGCGCCAGGAAGCUGAAGCUCAGGCAAUUGAAGUUUCAAAGCGCCAAAUUAAAGUAAGAGAAACUGUUGGCAGUGGUGAUAACAUUUCAAAGCUAGAAGCUGCUGAAGCCAAGCUACAAGAACUAAAAUCUAAUAUGGCAGUAUUGGGUAAGGAAGCUGUUGCAGCAAUGACUGCUGUGGAAGCCCAACAACAAAGAUUAACCUUACAGCGGCUUAUUGCUAUGGUCGAAUCAGAGCGCACUUACCAUCAGAAGGUCCUACAAAUUCUUGAACAACUUGAAGCAGAGAUGCUAUCUGAGCGUCAAAGAAUUGAAGCAUCUCCAAGUCCAGCCUCAGAAAACUUUAUGCCGCCUCCACCAUCAUACGAAGAAGCCAAUGGCAUGUUUACAAACUCAACUGUCGAUGGAUUAACAGAAUCUGUGGAAUACUUUUUAGCUGAGGUAAUUCAUUCAUAUCAGGCUGAGACAGAUGUGGAGCUUAAUCUUUCUGUUGGCGACUAUGUUGUUGUACGUAAGCUAUCAAACAAUGGUUGGGCGGAAGGUGAAUGCAAAGGAAAAGCAGGUUGGUUCCCUUCUGUAUACAUUGAAAGGCGGGAGCGUGUGCUCGCAAGUAAGAUCGUUCAAAUUCUGUAAAAAUAUUGCUCAGGGAGGUCGGUCUAUUCAUCUGGGUGUUGUAAGGUGUUGCAAUGUUUGGGCUUCCAUAAGCUGAAACCUAGUCAUAUUUGCAUCUUCAGUUCAUUGUUUUGUUCUUCCCCCCUUACGUUUCAUCUGUCAAUUUUGAUGCCCAAUUUUGUCAACUGAUUACAUGAUUAUGUAUUGUGUAUCUGUCCAAAAUCAGGUGGAUUAUGCAGGGAAACAAAGUUGUUUGUUUAUCUAUAAGUUGAGUUGUCAUGACCGUCUUUGCUUCGCAAGACAUUUAUACUAUGGAUAAUGUUGCGAUGCGCCCAAUAGAGUUUUAAUUUUUUGCA